AUGCUGGCUGUGAGAUGCCUGCUGUUCGCUGCAGUGUGUGGGACAGUGUCCGCUGUCGGUCCGGGGCGAUGGUGGAGCCGGGACGGGAAGCUGUCCCUCGCGGAGGAGGUCGUUCAGCCCCGGCGGCUCGUGCAGCAGAUCCACACCGACGAGGAGCUUCUGCACGGCCGCCUGGACACCCGGGUCAGCGGCCGCCCGGCCGCCGCGCAGCCCGUCCAUCUGGCUCAGAGCAGCUUCUUGGUCCAGGCUUUUGGCGGAUCCUUCAUCCUUGACCUGGAGCUCAACCACAACCUGCUGUCUACAGACUAUGUGGAGCGCCACUUCCUGGAGGACGGACGGCUGUCUCAGAAUGUGGGAGGGGAGCACUGCUACUACCACGGCCGGCUGAGGGGGCUGCCGGGCUCCUGGGCGGCUCUGUCCACCUGCCGCGGCCUGCAUGGGAUGUUUUCUGAUGGGAACUUCUCGUACGGGAUUGAGCCCGUCGGCAGUGGAGAGGUGCAGAAUGACCACGUUGUGUAUCGGAUGUCCAACAUUGAUCUCCUUCCUCCUCCCUGUCCAGGAUGCUCCACGAACACCUCGGUGCCCGAGGCGGAGACAGGCGGUCACGGCGACGGAGACGGCCGGUCUGAAGGAGGGUUGCGGGCUUUCAGAGGCCUGAGGCGCUCCAAAAGACAAGUGCGGCGAGGCCAGCGCACCGUCCAGACCGAGACCAAGUACAUCGAGCUGAUGGUUGUCAACGACUACGAGCUGUUUGUCCAGCUGCGCAGGUCGACCACUCAGACCAAGAUUUUUGCCAAAUCGGUGGUGAACAUGGCGGAUUUGAUAUACAAGGAGCAGCUCAACACGCGCAUCGUCCUGGUGGCCAUGGAAACCUGGUCGUCCGAGAACAAGGUGUCCAUCGGCGACGACGCGCUGCUCACCCUGCGCGACUUCAUGAAGUACAGGAAGGAGAGCAUCAGGGAGCGCUGUGACGCCGUGCACCUCUUCUCAGGACGGACGUUCAUGAGCAGCCGCAGCGAGGCGGCCUACAUCGGGGGCAUCUGCUCGCUGACCCGAGGAGGAGGAAUCAAUGAAUUUGGCAGCGUGGGGCCCAUGGCCAUCACCCUGAGCCAGAGUCUGGGUCAGAACAUCGGCAUGCUGAGGAACAAGGAGCGAACGGCCGCGGGAGACUGCAGGUGCCCGGACCCGUGGCUCGGCUGCAUCAUGGAGGACACGGGCUACUACCUGCCCAGGAAGUUCUCUCGCUGCAGUAUAGACGAGUACCUGCGUUUCCUCCAGCAGGGAGGAGGCAGCUGCCUCUUCAACAAGCCCACGAAGCUGUUGGACCCCUCUGAGUGCGGUAACGGAUACGUGGAGCCGGGAGAGGAAUGUGACUGCGGGUCGCUGGUGGAGUGCACUCAGAGCGGAGCCAACUGCUGCAAGAAGUGCACGUUGACCCACAAUGCCAUGUGCAGCAACGGGCUGUGCUGCAGGGACUGCAAGUACGAGAUGAGAGGCGUGAAGUGCCGGGACGCCGUGAACGACUGCGACAUCGCCGAGACGUGCACAGGAGACUCCAGCCAGUGUCCUCAUAACGUCCACAAGCUGGACGGCUACAUUUGUGAAGCCGGACAGGGUCGUUGCUACGGGGGACGCUGUAAGACCAGAGAUGGACAGUGCAGGACUCUGUGGGGCUACAAUUCGGCCGACAGGUUUUGCUAUGAGAAGCUGAACUCUGAAGGCACGGAGAAGGGGAACUGCGGCGCCGACCCCCGCGGUCAGGGAUGGCUGCCGUGCAACAAACCAGAUGUGCUGUGCGGCCUGCUGCUGUGCACCAACCUGACGGCACGGCCGAGGUUCGGGGAGCUGCAGGGGAAGCUGACCAGCCUCACCAUCCACCAUCAGAACCGCUACCUGGACUGCAGAGGCGGCCACGCCGUGCUGGACGACGGCUUGGACCUGGGCUACGUGGAGGAUGGGACGCCGUGCGGGCCCAACAUGAUGUGCCUGGAGCGCCGCUGCCUGCCCGUCGUCACCUUCAACCUGAGCACCUGCCCGGGCUCCUCCUCCUCACGCAUCUGCUCCCACCACGGGACCUGCAGUAAUGAGGUGAAGUGUAUCUGCGAUCCGGACUUCACCGGGAAGGACUGCAGUGUGUUUGACCCCAUCCCGACCCCAACCCCACCCGACGGCCCCGAGAAACAGAGAGGCCCCAGCGGUACCAAUAUCAUUAUAGGGUCGGUUGCCGGUGCAAUUCUGCUGGCGGCGAUCAUCCUGGGGGGAACUGGCUGGGGAUUUAAAAACAUCCGAAAAGGAAGGUACGAUCCGGCUUUUCCAUCCUGAGCACGACGCCUGCUGUCUGCCUGGACGCCCUGUCAUCAGAAUGCCAUGUGUUUUAUAAGAAUCUUAACAUUCAUCUGAAGGCCCCGUUUACACCACAACCAA